UGACGUCAUGCGUAGGUUACGUUCCUUACGUUACGCCUUUCCUUACGAGCCAGGAAGGUCGCCGUGACCGAAUCCAGUUCCUCGUCAGCGAGAAAAAUGAUGUCCCUUGCCGCCCGUUCGGGGGCUUUUUCCCCAUAUUUACAGGCUACUAGUUGUGUAGUAGCUGGGCCGCUCAAAGCUAUUGCUCCAGGAGUCGUAGUUAAUGGAGAGAAGGUGCUGCUGGACACGAAAAAACCUUUCCUGUGUCGCGAGUCUUUAGACGGCCAAAGCCCCAAGACAGGACCUGCUGUUUCAGUUAGCCUCAAUGCCCGUGCUGGAAUUCGUUUUGCUCACACUGACAUCAAGCUACCAGAUUUCUCAGACUACAGACGGCCCGAUGUCCUGGACCCAAAUAAAUCCUCCCAGGAGAACAGCGAGUCGCGGAGGGCCUUCUCCUACCUAUUCACCGGCGCCACCACGGUCGUGGGCCUGUACACGGCCAAGACGGUGGUGUCGCAGUUCGUCUCGUCCAUGAGCGCCUCUGCGGACGUCCUGGCCCUGUCUAAGGUGGAGAUCAAGCUGGGCGACAUCCCCGAGGGCAAGAACGUCACCUUCAAGUGGCGGGGCAAGCCGCUGUUCGUGCGCCACCGGACGGCGAAGGAGAUCGAGGUGGAGGAGGCGGUGAACCUGGCCGAGCUGCGCGACCCCGAGCACGACAAGGACCGGGUGCAGGACCCCCAGUGGGUCAUCGUCAUCGGCGUGUGCACCCACCUGGGCUGCGUGCCCAUCGCCAACGCCGGCGACUACGGCGGCUACUACUGCCCCUGCCACGGCUCCCAUUACGACGCCUCGGGCCGCAUCCGCAAGGGCCCGGCGCCCCUCAACCUGGAGGUGCCCUUCUACGAGUUCCCCGAUGAGGACACGGUUAUCGUCGGCUAGUCGUGGGACUGCGCUUCCUGGUGAUCUGCGUGACCGACAGGUCUCUCUGACAGUCGCUGCUCGUGUCGUGCGCACACCUCAGACACAACUUCACACUGGGGAGGGCCCUGAUAAUUACACCUAUUGUAAGUAAUAAAUGUAAAUUUUACCAGAUCUAAAGCAACUUGUGUGUAGUUAUUUAUUCAGAUCAAAUCUCAUACCAUUCCGAGGAUCGCAGACAUGAGUCGUUUAUAUUGCUAUGAUUGAUCGCCAUUAAUCGCUGCUUUCUCCUCUUGGCAUUGCGUGUAGCGAUACACGUCAUCGGCGAACACGGUGCAAACACGAAUGCUUUGGCUUCUCAAACUGUGAGUUCUAGAUCGUUUCUGAUGCAAGCCCUGAGAGGGGUUGUUUGACAAUAAAGGUAUUUGUACGUGUUUGAAAAGCAGUGAAUGGGGUUUCAGUUUGCUAUGUUUUGAAUUUCAAACCAUUAUUGUGUUUUAAUACCUGGUUGGUAUUUUAGCAAAGAGAUGGUGGCGGUUUGGUAAAGCACCUAUGUUUAACUAUGGCAAUACAAUGAUAUUAAUAAUGUAUCCCUUUGCCACUAAGACUUUCAGCGAUGGUGGUUGUCGAGAUGUUCAAUGUUAAGUCUGUCUUACACAGCUAAUAAGUUCAUUUCUUCUCUCCUGGAGUUGCCCUUGUACAUAGUUCUGUAAAAACUAUGUACUCUUGUAUGUAUGACAAAUAAAAGUUUGACGGAUAA